AUGCCGGUAGGCCUCCGAGCCAAAGCGGAGGCCAGCCUCAGCAGCGCCCCGACGCUGGUUGAGCAGAUGCAAUUGGGGGCUCGCCUGCUGCAGCUGCUCGCGGAGCCCUCAGGGCCCGGGGCGGUCACCCACCCCCUCAUCCCGCGGCCCUUGGCUUUGAGGGCGCCCAUGGUGCGCCUCGUCGGCCUGUUCGACGGGAUUGGGGGUCUGGCGGUGGCCUUCUCGCGCUCGCUCGCGCGGGCCAUGGGCUGCGCCGCGGCGAAGGCGGUCGCAAGGGCGCGCAGGGCGAUGCGCCCGUGCUGGCCAUGCGUGAUCAGUUGGGGCAACGUGGCGCGCAUCACGGCCGCUGUCGCGCACGCGCUGCGGGGCGCUUACUGCGACGGGGUCGACCCCUGCGCGGCGGCGCCGCGCUCGUUGGAGUUCCUCAGGGCGGCAUUCGGUUUUGAGCUGAAGUGGUUUGCGAGCACGAUGAGCUGGCAGCCGCCCGCCGCUGCCCCGCUCGCCGUGGUCGCGAGGGGCAAGCUCCGCAAGGACCGCGCGCCGAGGGCCCCCCCCUCUGCGCGCGGGCUUGGCGUGGCGAGAGGCCCCGCCGGCAGGCCUCGGCGGUGGCGCGUGCACGGCGCGAGGAAAACUCGUUCACAUAUCGGCGUCUACGUCGUCGCACUGCUGGCGCAGAUGGUGCUGCUAGAGGAGAAGGCGCUGAACAGGCCGCUGGGGGUGCAGGAGCUGGCGCAUGGGGGCAGGCGCCGACCGUCGCAGAACGCCAACGGACGGUGCGAGAGCGAGCCAGGGGACCCAGAUACCUUGGCCUCGCGACGGAUUGCGCUGCACUGCCUGGCCCGGGCGGAGAAGAGCGGGACCGACGUACAGGCCGCGCGGGCGCCGCGGUCCAGCCUCGACCCCUUCGCGGCGCAGUGGCGCGCGGUGCUCAGCAUGGCGUGCCUUGCCGCCAAAUGCGUCCACAUAUACGUCCCAGAGCUGCAGGCGGCGGCGGCGGCGGCGCUGCGGGGGCGCUCCCGCGCGGCGAGUCGGCGCAGCGGCAGGUGGCCCUAUCUCUUCGACAGCCAGAUGGUCGCGGCCAUCAUGGCGGAGGGCAGGGGCAGCAGCCGCCGCCCCGGGCCCGCGCUGGCCAGGGGGGGCGCGGUCGCGGCCGCCGCCGACAUGGGCCCAGUCGUCAUCAGUUGCGCCGUGUCAGGGGACAGCCCCGCCGACGGACCGACAGGAAGAUUGCGGCGUGGCUCGAGGGGCGAGGACGCCGACGCUGAUAUCGUCAGGGCCAUGGCUAGCCUGGCGCUGAAGGCGGGCGGGGUCAGUGUCGAGCGCCUCCUGAUGGUUGCUUCCAAGGGCCUGCUGCGCGGCGGUGCCGCCUUCGCGCUGUGCAAGGGCGACGCGGCCUGCCAAGCCAAUGUCCUCUUCCUGAUGCACCCCGUGGGCAAGCCAGCGUUGGCCUGGGGGGGCGUUGGCGGAGUCCUGAACGGGGUGCAGGCUGCAGGCAAAGAGGCGGCGGCCUUCCCCCUUUUUUCUCACGGGUCUGGCGUCAGAGCCAUGGCGCAACUCAGACAGCGGACGUUGGGCGUGGGCAACCCAUGGCGCAGCCUGGGAAUACUGGACCAGCCCGCGAUCCGGCGUGGCGCUCGCAGGGACGCCGUGGUGCUCACGGGCAUGUUGUGGAGCUCGCAGACUAGUGUUGUGCCCACAGGCGCACAAUUGGUGCUCGCAGGCACGCGCUUGCGGGGCACUGGCGUGGCAAGUGUGGUGCUCAUUCUGUUGGUCACAGGCAUUGCGAUGGUGCUCGCAGGCUGCUGGUACUCACAGGCACCGUGCAAGUGCUCGCAGGCAUUGUGUGGUGCUCUCAGUCUCACAGGCGCAUUGCUCGCGCUCGCAGGCAUAGUAUGGUGCCCGCAGGGCACCAUCACUGGAGUGGAUGCGUCCAUGAACACUCACCUCAAGCAGGUGAAGGUCACAGUGAGGAACAAGAACCCUGUCAACAUGCAGUACCUCUCCAUUCGCGGGGCACCCUGACUGGCAUGUCUUGAAGUCUUUGAGUCGAAGUUGCAACCACAGAACAUUUUGUGUGUGCUUGUUGGUGUGGUCAGGCAUGCUUGAGCACAGCAGCAUUCGGGGAAGGGAGUUAUCAGUUCUUUGGUACGAAACGAAUGAAUUCAAGAUCCCGAAGGGCGUUUUGGCGUUUGCUGCACACUGGGCCAUGCCAGAGUGCUCCUUGAUGGUCUCUCGGGCGCUUCUUGGAGCACCUGAGGGUUUCAUGGGGACAUCUUGGGGCCUCUGGAAGAUCUUGAGGCCGUGUCUGACCCGUCUUGGGUCACAUUGCAGCCGUUUUGGGCCGCUAUUUGGCUAUAUCGGGGCCCGUCUUGGGACGCUCUGUGGAGCGCCGAAGAGCACAGCGUGGAGCAGGCAACAUGACCGCGUUGCGAACCUAGGUGUUGUUUGGUAUAUUUCUGGAAAUUGUAAGCUUUCUGAGGCAGUCUUUACCGGUACAAUUGGUUGUAACGCUUGGUGUUUAUCUUCCAGCUUGGAUAUACAUAUUCGCAUUUCAAAGCCGUGGUGGAUGCAUGUUGAUUGGUUUGCCCCGAUGGCAUGGAAAGCGUUUGCAUGGGCGUCACCCUGAUUUAGCAGUCGCCAGGCCAACAUUCGGUAUUUCAUCCUCCCAGAUCAUGCAGAUCUGAACUACUUGCUCAUCGAUGACGCUCCCAAGCAGAAUCCGCCGAAGUAUCCGAUUGGAAGCUUCAGGAGGGCCGCGGCAGGGGGCGCGGCGGCGGUGGCCGCGGCGGCGGUGGCAAGGGCGGGGGGCGCUGAGGCGCGCACCGGCAGGGGGCUCCCGACGGCGCGCUCCGGGGCCUCCCAGGCAGCUGGCGGCUCGAACAAAAGUCGAGGCGGCCAGUUUUUUGCCACUGUUGGGCCGCGCAUCGCCUCCUCUCCCACGGCUGCAGCGGCUUACUCAGUCCUUCUCCUCCUCAUCCUCGUCCUUGCUCUGCGCGUCUGGCGCACGCGCGCGCCCGCGACAGGGCGUCGCGGGCCGGACCCGGCGAUAUCAUACUUUGGUUUGAGACUCCCCGUGGCCGCGCGGCCACAAAAGGACAUUCGCGC